GCCGUGGGUGUUUGAGCAGGUUGACUCCGCCAUGGAGGAGUGGAUAGUGGAGCAGAUGUACACCCUCCGUCCAGUGGUGGAAACAGGAUAUGAGAACCUGUUGCUUGUUGAGAUCCAGAUACCCUCUGUUCAGAAAUCAUCAGUUUUAUCCUGGGACAGCUGAUGCAUUAAAGCUUUCAAGCUCUGACACUUACAUAGUCACAACAAAACAGUUCUGCUCUGUAGGUAAUGCGGAAUGCUGAUAUUCUGCUGAUCACUUAUUGGUCAUCUUCCAGAGUAGAUUUGCUGAAGCCCUACUGAAAGAAUUGGCUGGAAUAGAUUUUCCCUCUGAAAGGAUAUAUGGCCUGAGCACAGGUCCGAAGGUAAAAGUUCUCCAGCAGCUGCAGCAGAUGCCACAGCACCAAGGUCUAACACUUCAUUUCAUCGAGGACCGUCUUGCGACUUUGAAGAAUGUGAUCAAAGAACCAGCGCUGGAUAAAUGGAACCUCUACCUGGUGACAUGGGGAUACAACACACAGAAGGAGAGGGAAGAAGCACAAGGUAUCUCAAGGAUCCAGCUCUUUGAUCUCCCGGACUUCAGUAAGAAGCUGAAAUAGAAAGCAAGUACCCCGGAUCAUCCAAAGUCCGCACUGUGCCCUACUUUUGUUGAUGUACUUCCUUUUCGAGUAAAUGCAUUGCUCACAAAUUUGUGAGCAUGUCCAAUAUCAGCUCAGCUGGCUAUAUCUUCAGUGCUCAAAGUUUCUGAGGUUUUAUAUAUGAUAAUUUUCAAUCUGUUAUAUUCCCACCGAUCAUGAAAACAUAAUGUUUUUUAUGAAGUCUUAUCAAACUUUUGCAGUAUAUUGACUAUCAUUGUUAUGGUUUUUACUGUAUUCCAUAUAUUCGAAAUACUUUGUAGUCUUUGUUCAAUGGGCGGGCCUUUCUGCGAGAAUAUUCUCUCUUUUUAAUUCAGGAAGCGUCUUUGAUUAGUCUCACAGCAUUUAUUUUAUGAUUAUAUCUUUAAAACGAGAAAUCAAAAGCACGGCGCCGCGUCUGCAUAGACAGCAUAGUCAUACCACCACGCGGAGGCAGGCGACACCGCGACAGCCAGGCGCCUUCCGGCGAUGGCCGAGCGGUCACGGCCGCGCCGCGCCGCCGAGCAUCGGCACCGCCUUCGGCUCCGUCGGCUGCUCUUCCUCCUCCCGCUCGUUCUCCUCCUUGCCCUCCUCGCGCAGCUCCCCGCGCUCCUCCUCCGCCGCGCCAACUCAUUCGGCCGCCGGUGCCUGCCCGGCGCCACCGACCGCCGCCUCCCCCUCCUCCCCGGCCCCGUCCGGGACCCCCGCCUCAGCCUCGCCAUCGUCACCCUCGCCGACGAGGGCGCGAGCGGGUCGCGCGGGCGGCGGUCCUUCCGCGGCGUGCUGGCGGCCACCGCGCGGAACAAGCGCGCCUACGCGGCGGCGCACGGGUAUGGCCUUAUCGCGCUCCCCGCGUCCGCCGUCGACCCUAGCCGCCCGCCCAGCUGGAGCAAGGUCCUCGCGCUCCGCGCGCACCUCCGCCACCACCACUGGCUCUUCUGGAACGACGCGGACACGCUGGUUACUAACCCGGAAAUCCCGCUGGAGAGGAUUUUGUUCUCAGUGAUUGGACAUAGUGAUUUUAAUGAGUCACCUGAUCUUGUUCUGACAGAGGAUUUCGGUGGUGUGAAUGCUGGAGUUUUCUUCAUAAGGAGGUCAAAUUGGAGUGAGAAGUUUUUGGAUACAUGGUGGAACCAGACUUCAUUUAUACAGUUUGGUUCCACAAAAAGUGGAGAUAAUGCAGCACUCAAGCAUCUAAUAGGUCACUUAUCAUCUGAAGAAAUGCAAGCGCAAGUUCGGAUUGCAAAAAUGCAGUGCCUCUUCAAUUCGUACCCAUGGAUCCUCUCAUGGAAGUCGACCUUCCGUCUGAUCUUCCACCUGGCCACUACAUGGAAAGGGGUUUAUUCAGAUGGAGACUUUAUGAUUCAUUUCGCUGGUUUAGAUGACAAGCAAGGUUGGACAAAUAAGAUUGUUGGAGAGAUAGAAACUCUAAGAUGAGCUGAGUUAAAUUCAUAGUUGUCCAGGGAGAAUUCAGAAGAUUCUGUAAAGGCCCUGAUUGAUCUGAUAUUCAGUGUUAUAAACAUGUUACUUAACUUCUCACGUCAGGAUGCCAUUGUCAAUAGUCAAAACUGUGGCAUCUGCAAAGGUCAAAACCGGCAGCCAGAAGAUAUAUUGUGUGAAGGCCCUCACUGACAUGGUAUUUCUAGACCAGAACGCCAGGAUGCCGAUGUAAAAACUCAACAGUCAAAAUUGUGCCAUCUGCAUGAUCUACCUAGGCUGCGUUGACUUCCUAUCGCUAGUGUUAACCAUUGUUGUGCAAACAUAACAGGACCUGCAUAACACUGUCAGCAUGGAGGAGUGAACAUGCAGUUCACGUGUUACGCAUGGUUUCAUGCUAAUUGUCAAUUUGUCAUUAUUGAUUGUUGUACAAGCAGUGCCACUACCAGCGACCGAUUGUAUGGUUGUUUGUCCAAAACCUCAACUAAAAGCCAAUAUUUCUUCGUCAUA